CAUCUACACAGCUUACCAGAGAGACUCAUAAUUUUCUCAGAUUUUGUUUUGCUUCUUCUUUCUCUAAUUAGCAUAUUUCUCUCGAUCGAUAUUUUAUGACGGAAGACGAUUUGAAGCUAUAAUCACUAUUUGUCGUAAUAAAUGGAUUCGCAGACCUACUUUGAGACACCAGAAGGAGAGAACGCGGUCGCCAUUAGGAUGAAAGGAAUGGGAAAGGGAUUGAUUUGGGUUAAUGGAAUUGGCGUAGGGAGAUACUGGAUGUCAUUCGUUUCUCCACUCGGAGAGCCAAUUCAAACGGAGUACCAUAUACCAAGAUCUUUCAUGAAGGAGGAGAAGAAGAAGAGCAUGUUGGUGAUUCUCGAGGAAGAGCCAGUUGCUAAAAUGGUGCCUACAAGCUCUCCCACCAAGAUGAUCAACGACCUGCUGAAUUAGAAGGACGGGAUGGUUGCUCUCAGAGAGACGCAAAAGCCUUGAAAUGAUCAAGGCAGAUAUAGAGUAAACGUCCUUGAAGAAU